GCAGCACUGACGAAUGAUGUCACUAACUGAAUUCAGUGUCGCUAUGAUUUUUUGAAUCAGCCACAGAAUUUUAAAUAUAUAUAUAUUAGUGUUGUCAAAAGGUAACGUCCAACAUCAUCCACUGGAGCACCAUUAAUAAUGCGCUACCUUGCCCUCUUUUUGAUUGUGCUUCAUUUCUGCAGCCAGUGUGAGGCCUUUAGAGGUGUUGAUCUGGAAGAUCUAGCUUCCAAUAACACAUGGGUGAUCACAUACAGCUCAGGCUGUAGCACCACCUGCGGACUGGGAAUCCGUACCCAGAGGCUCUGCCCUUUGGGCACUGAUCCCAAAGCUAACUCCCCGGCAUGCAGAGUUCGUCAGGUCCAAUGUCUGGACAAGUGGCAGUGUGGGCUGCAGCUUCAAACAGUCACUGCAGGACAGUUUGUGGAGCUGGAUUGUUUCGAGGAAGUCAUGGAAGCCAUGGGCCGGUUUGCCUUUGCAGUGUCGUGGCACUUUGCACGAGGUAUUAUAACCACCAAUAACCGCUUCUUUAUACAGCGUGACGUCCCCGGGCUGGACAGGAUCGUCCUGAAUCGGGUGAAAGAGGAGGAUGCUGGGACGUAUCGCUGUGACGUACUGGACACAUCUUACCGAAGAGUAAAGAGGAUGUAUAAAGGACUGAAGGUUUUAUCUGCAAAUGUUCUGAAUCUAAAAUUCACAGAGGGUUUGACCGAGUGGGAGAAACCAAUAGAGAAUAACAUAACUGUUGUCACUGGGAAACUGUAUCCGAGGGGCACCGUGCAAAAGGUUGUGCUGCUCAGUUUCUGCAUAUCCAUCAGCACAGCUAUGAUUGUCUUCCUUGGUCUGUUUGCGUUUUCUUACUGUAAAAGGUCAACAAGGAAGGACCGAAUUUCCCCAUGAGUGUAAAGGAAACCCCUGAUGAUUCAUUAGAUGUUUUUUCUCAAAUGCACACAGAGUAAAUUUUUCCUCUUGCUGUGUCACUUAUAUGCAUUACUUGUUCUAAUCCCAAUACACAAGACUCUGGACUGUCAUGGAAAUCAAUAGCUAAUGUUCACAAGGUGACAGAGUAGCACUUUAACAGCAGUAUGCAGUGUUAACUGUUUAAGAAUGCAAACACAUUAAACAAGAAGGAAAAAAACACCACAGGUAAAUAAACUGGUGGUUUAUUGAAUGAUAGCAUUAAAAUUGUGUGCUCACCACAAGCUCUCUCAAUAACAAACCAGUAAAAGGUGCUCUUUGAGGUGAUGCUACAAUCUACAAACUUAAUAUUAAGGCAGAGAGGCCCGACUUCAUCGUCUCACAGUAGAACGCAAUAUUACAGAACCCAGGAGCAGUUUUUAUAUUAUCUUUUAUACUUAAAAAAAAAAAAAAAAAAAGAA